AUGAAGUUUACUCCCGCGAUUCUGAGCUUGGCUGCAGCCACCUCUGUUGCGGCCAGUCACCAUCACCGACAUGGUCACAUGAAACGGAAUCCAGUGGCCACCAAAGUUGUUACCGUGUCCGGUCCUACUGUCAUUGCCUAUGAGCUUGAUGGCAAGGUCAUCAGCAAAGAAGAGGCCUGCAAGGGUAUCAAGGAUGGCUCUCUUAUCUGGGCUGAUGGAGGCUCCUAUAACUCCUGCGACGCCGCUCCACCAACCCCUGUGAAUGCGCCCCUUGCCGGCCAGGAGUUCUACGAACAACCCAAAGACGAACCAACUCCGAUCAAGGUCGACAAGGCCCCCAAGCCCUCGCUUCCCAGCAUGCCAAAACCCAACAUCAAGACGCCUGAUUCCUCAGCACCAGCCGGUGGUGAAGGCCUCGAUAGUGAUUUCCCCGAUGGUGAAAUUGACUGCUCUGAUUUCCCCUCCAAAUAUGGCCCGCUCAAUCUGGAGUGGCUUGGUCACGGCGGCUGGAGCGGUAUCCAAUAUCCUACCUUUACUGGCGACCUGAUCACCAGAAUCGUUACUGCUAUAUCUGGUGAAGGAUGCACUGAGGGCGCCAUGUGCUCGUAUGCCUGUCCUCCUGGUUAUCAAAAGAGCCAGUGGCCAUCCACCCAGGGUGCCAAGGGCGAAUCCGUCGGUGGCCUGCAAUGUAAAGGAGGAAAGCUCCGUCUCACCAACCCCGAUCUCUCUAAGAAGCUUUGCACCAAGGGCGCUGGUGGUAUCAGCGUGAAGAACACGAUGAGCGAAGUCGUCUCUGUCUGCCGAACUGAUUAUCCUGGAACCGAAUCCGAAACCGUCCCUCUCCUUUCUAAACCGGGCUCGACUGAUCCUCUUACCUGCCCUGAUUCCAGCUUGUACUAUAAAUGGCUGGGCAAGCAUACCUCUGCGCAAUACUACGUCAACCCUAAGGGCAUUGGCAUCAAGGAAGCUUGCCAGUGGGGUGACGGUAGCAAACCUAUUGGCAACUUUGCUCCCAUCAACCUUGGUGUCGGAAAACGAGAUGGUGCUACUUGGAUCUCCAUUUUCCAGAACAAGCCAACCACGAACGUGAAACUGGACUUCAAGAUCGAGAUCAAGGGUGACAACCUCUCUGGAGCUUGCCGAUAUGAGAACGGACUUUUCUACUCUCUCACCGGAUCCAACCCCGAUGGAUGCACAGUCCAAGUAAUGUCUGGCGAAGCCACCUACGUUUUCUCUUAA